ACGGUAUCAGCGACGUUGCUUGGGUGUGGAGGUGGAGUGGGUAGCAUACGAGAGCCGAUGACGGACCGUUUAAAGUAUAUUUCCCUCUCUGUUCCCCUCUUCUCUCUGCAUCCCCUUCCCCCCACGGUUCCUCUCUUCCAUUGCCAUUCAAGAUGGGUUCUAUUGCUUACACACCCGAGACACUUAAUAGCCUCGCGGCUAAGAUCACAGAGCUCGCUGCUCGUAUGACGAAGCAGCUCGAAGCAGAGAAGGUCUCGCCUGUUACGCUAGAGGCUGAUAGUCCGAUCAAGUAUGAGAAGUUGCCUGAUGGGUUUUUCAUGGCGAGGCAGGAGUUGGAGGACGCCAUGAAGGAUAUGUAUAUUCUCAGUCAGGGGCCGAGUGAAAGUGUGUACAACUGGGUUCAUACGACAAUGCCAGACCUUGCUUGCCUGAACAUCCUCAACCAAUUCAACUUCUGGACCGCCGUUCCCGUCGAUGGCUCAGCGACGUUCGACGAGAUUGCCAAACGCAUCAACUUGCCCGUCGAAGUCGUAGACCGCGUCCUCCACCACGCCGUCACACAGCGCUUCUUCACCAAGCCAUCCCCUUCAGCCACGUCCGUCUCUCACACGUCACGCUCUGCCGCCCUCGCAAAGGACUCUGGACUCUGCGCCCUGGUCCAAAUGGUUGUAGAUGAAGCGGGUCCGCCAAUGAUGGUAUUACCCGAAGCUCUGCGCCGAUUUUCUCAGGGCAAGCCCGAUCUCACAAAGAACGUCAAGGAGACAGCGUUCAAGCUAUGCCAUUCGGGCGGCGUGUGGGGCAACUUUGAGAAUUCGUGGGACAUGCUUGAGAACGACGGCGAGGGGGAGCAGAAGGGAUGGCGGCAGAGGAACUUUGUCAACUUCAUGGCGUAUAUCAAGGACCUGUUCCAUACGGAGAAUCUCGUGCUGGAAGCAGUUGACUGGAAGGCAGCGGGUGAUGCUACGGUAGUCGAUAUCGGUGGUUCCGCAGGCCACGAUGAUAUCGCUCUCGCAAGGACCUUCCCAAAUCUCAAAAUCGUCGUCCAAGACCUCCCCACCGUCGCCCCCGUCUUUGAAAAGACAUUCCCCGCGGACCUGAAGGAACGCGUCUCGUUCCUCACGCACAACAUGUUCGACCCGCAGCCCGCACAGGCAGACAUUUUCAUGUUGAAGUGGAUUUUACACGACUGGCCCGACGCGGAAUCAGUCGCCAUCCUGCAAGCACUGCGUCCCGGACUCAAGCCCGGAGCGCGUGUCGUAUUUGUCGACUACGUGGGUAAGCAGGAGCCGAGCGAUGAAGAGUUGCCACGGAGUGUGCAGGCCUAUGGCACCGCGAUAGAUCUCAGGAUGAUGGCGCUAUUCAGUGCAAAGGAGAGACCUGUAUCGGCGUGGAAGAGCAUCUUCAAGCAGGCGGAUGAGAGGUACGAUAUCGUGAGUAUCAAGGCGGAUCCGAUGACGUUUAUGUGUGUGCUUGAGGCUGUUUGGCGGGGAUGA